CAAAUCGCAGCAAAGAACGAACAAGAACAAGUAUGAUGAUGUAUUUUAAAGGUCUCUCACAUGUGACUAUUCGUCGAAAAAGACAAUUAAUUUCAAUUAUGAUCGAUUGACAUAUGUAAUUGAUUGUAUUCGACAAAGCUUUUUUAGAUUGAUAUCAGGAUGAACGUGAAAAGAUAUAUUCAUCCAAGGAAUAAAUACAAGAAACCACCGGAUUACAAGCAACUCGCGGUCUUAUAUCCGGAGUUUCGCGAAAUUGCAAUUAUGGACAUUGCGGGCAAGAUCAGAAUCAACUUUCAAGACAAAAAGAGCCUACGGGUACUUACAGAAACACUUUUGAAGCAUGAUUUUGAUCUGCACAUAAACAUUCCUCCGGAUAAUCUAAAUCCAGCAAUCACUCUACGCAUGAAUUAUGUUUUGUGGAUUGAAGAUUUGAUGAAGUAUUUCAAAUUAGAUAUGAAUAAGAUCACAGGCAUCGAUAUUGGGACAGGAGCAAUUUGUAUAUAUGCUCUGUUACUGGCAAAAAUCUAUGGAUAUCAUAUGAUUGGCACAGAAGUAGAUAAAAAAAGCAUAGAGUAUGCAGAGAAAUGCAUAAUAAAAAAUAACUUGGAAAAUUUAAUUAAAGUAGUUACAGUAAAUUCCGAUAGAAUUUUUAAGGAUGCGGUGGAAGAUGAUAAAAUUUAUGACUUCUCGAUGUGUAAUCCACCGUUUUUCGAGAACGAUAGCGAUGAGAGAAUUGCAAAAGUUUUGCCACCAAGAAACGCGCCUAGUGGAAACGAUAACGAGCUAAAAACAACGGGUGGCGAAAUAGCUUUUGUAACGAGAAUGAUUGAGGAAAGUGUUGAUUUGGGAAAUCAAAUAAAGAUUUACACUACAAUGAUAGGCAGAAAAACUGAUUUGUUCAGUCUUAAAAAAUUAAUAAGAUCGAAAAAUAUAAAGAAUAUGACAUGGACGGAGUUUUGUCAAGGUUACACAACACGGUGGGGUUUGGCUUGGAGCUUCUUACCAGAAAAUAUUAUAGAUCUGAGUAGUGCACCUGUUAUCAGAAAAAGUGGAAAAUCAAUUGUACAGUCCUUAAAAAAAGAUUAUAAAACUUUGAUAACAUUUCCUAUGAAUGAUAAAUUUGCUUGCAUAAACGAUAUAAUAAAUUUUUUAAGAACAAUGGCAGAAGAAUUAAAUAUUAAGUUACAAGAUCUGUCUAUUCCUGAAGAUAGUUUGGACGACUGGUCAGGUCGAAUAACUGCUAAAGAAAGAUCAUGGGAACACGCGCGCAGAAAACGACGUUUAGCGCAACGACAGAUUGCGUUAAGAAAAGUUGAAAAUGAAGGCGAAGAACAUAUCAAAACAAAUGUAGAAACUGGAGAAUAUUCAAACUCUAUUGUCAUAAAAGAAUUUAAUGAUAUCGGGCAAGUUAAUAAAAAUUCUUCAGAUAAAACAUCCAUAAUUAAGAUUGAACAUGAAAAAAGUUCUGAUAAAAAAAUACUUGAAUGCGUUCCCAUACUUACUUGUAAGCUCUUGGUAGAGAUUGCAAGCUGUGAGGAGGCAAUUGUUCAAGAUGAUGUAUUUAGGAUAUGGAUGAUAUUUGAAAAUGGAAGCGGCGGUUUAGAUGCAUUACAAUCACUACGACAGUAUUUAAUAAAUAAAUUGGACGUAAAGGAAAAAAUUGUUAAUCCAUCAAAAUCUAUUAAAAAAAGGAAAGGAAAAAAAAGGAAAAUUUCUGAUAAAGAUGUUAAUAUUCCAUUGGAACAUUUAUAGUCAGACAAUAAAAAAAUUUUGUAGAAAAUCUCGAAAAUUCUUAAAUUAGAUCGAUGUUGUUAUUCAUAUAAAACGAUUUAUUCAUGCAAUAUGUUUAAGUCUGCUAUAACAGGAUGGUAUAUGUAAAUCAAAUUCGUAACCUUUUUAUUUAUAUAUAAUAUAUAAUAGACCUUAUAAUUAUUAUAAUUAUAUUCUGUUAUAAGUCCUCUUUAUAAUACAAUUUCGCUAACAAAUGUAGUAUACUAAUUCAUUAUUAUGAUUAUUAUUGCAAUGCGAAAAUGGAUUCGUCCGAGGAAAUAGUGAUCGACGCGAUGAUAUCGCUUCGUUGACAAUUGAUCAAUGUAUUUUUACUGUUUGCAACAAAAAUGUUGGUGCUUUUACCUCAGGCCUAAAAUGUUUCGCUUAAAAUCUACGAGGUGAAACAAGAUCGGCGUUUUUUCGGUCAUUAAAAACCUCGCGUUUAUCCCUAUUAUUACUAUUGUGUACUAAAUUAUCAACCGUUUAUCAUCGUUUAUCGAUCAAACUGCGGCGAAAGAUUUUGAUUUGGGCCAUGGAAGAGACGAGAUGAACAAAAAUUAAUAUUAACAGCACAG